AUGGCCUCCACAACCGAAAUAGUGACGGUGUUGAAGCGGUACUCCGUCUCACCUCCACCGCCGUCUUCCACCAAAGAAAUGGCACUUCCCCUAACAUUUCUCGAUAUGGUUUGGUUGCAAUUCUUGCCUAUCGAACGACUUGUGUUUUACGAAAUCCCCCAGCUUACAAGAGCCCAUUUCAUCGAUCACAUUGUUCCAAAACUCGAGCUUUCUCUGUCGAUUGCCCUGGAAAAUUUUCUACCUCUAGCAGCGCUGUUUAAUCCAACUCUGUAUAAUGCUGAUUCCGAUUCGGGUUCGGAUAAAAUCAUUCCGGUGCUUGGUAUUCAGGUGACCCUGUUUCCAAAUUCCGGGAUCUCCAUAGCAAUUUCGAACCAUCAUUCCGCCGGAGAUGCCAGCACCAUUUUUCAAUUUAUGAAGACAUGGGCUGAUUUGAGCUUUCAACUCCAGGAAGCUGGAGACUCUGUUUCUUCAAAAUCACUUGACAUCGAGAAACUCAAGAGCUUAGCCCUGGAAAACCGCGAAAAGGUGCUUCAUCUGUCAUCAUUCACGGUUUCUGUCGCGUACGUUUGGACUUGUCUUGUAAAAUCUCGAGCUCCUAGUGGAGAAGAUGUCGGUGCAGAAGACCCGGAACUUUUUACCUUCUGGGCCGAAUGCCGGGGACGGAUGAACCCGCCGUUGCCGGAAAAUUAUUUCGGAAAUUACAUGACACUCUGUAUCACGGAAACAGAGUAUGGAAAACUGGCCGGAGAAGGAGGGUUCCAGAAUGCAGUCGAACUGAUCGGAAAAACCAUUCAUGAAAGGUUGAAAAACAGUGAAACAUUAUUCCUUGGAGCUGAACAUUGGAUGGAAGGAUUACAUGAUGAGAAAUGGGCAAGGAAUGUCGGGGUUGCAGGCUCACCAAAGUUCAGUUAUUACAAUUUGGACUUUGGUUGGGGAAAGGCCGUCAAGUUUGAGUUUGCUUCCAUUGAUCUUACUGGUGCUAUUUCUCUGAAUGGUUGCAGAGAUCCUGAGGGGGUUGUCGAAGUUGGUCUCUCCAUGCCGAAGCCCAAAAUGGAUGCUUUCACUACCAUUUUCAACGAGGGGCUUCACGACCGCCGGACGGGCAAUGAAGCCGUCCGGCGGCGCGGCGACGACGCAGCAACAACGUCCGGUUCAACCCGAACAGGCGGUUUGCUCGUUCGGGUUGAACCGGGACGCGUUUAUGGUGAUGAUGAUGAUAGUGAUACUAGUGAUACUGAAGAUAGUAGUAAGCGUAAGACUCGGUCUAGUCAGCCGAUUAAUAUACCCGAGUAUUCUGAGGACGACCUGGAAGAGGGGGAUGAGGAUGAGGAGGAUGAGUUUGAUGAGGAUGAUGUGCAGGACAGUGUUAGGAUGGGUGCACAUCACAGAGAUACGCCUGUGUACAAUCUUAGUAGUUACCCUCCUCCUCGUGCAGAUGAAGUACCUGGUGGGCCGAUAGAUGGUAGCGUGAUUCCUAGCUUCCUUGGGCAUAUUGCUUAUCAUUUCUGGCAUGGAUACAAUAGACCCACAUUGAAGAUUUUUAAAGGCGAAAAGAUUCUGAAUAAGUUGAAGAUGUGGUAUAAAGAUAUGGAUGAUGAUGUCGAUGGAGAGUUGGUGACAGGUACGUCCGACACAGAUUUGUUGAGGGGACAUGCAGCAGGGAUACUUGGCAUGGAUAUGAAUGAUUACAAGUGGAGUCAUGGCGGUGUCUCUGAUUCGUUCAUCCUUGAGCGAUGCGAGAAAGCGGACGCGAAUACCCAGGCCAGUGCUUUCUUGUGGGUAUUGUUGGCCUCGACGUUGUUCAUGAGCAAGAGUGGUGGGAGGCCCAGAGUACAUGACUGGAUACCACCAUCUUUUGCGAGGCCGACAUCUGUGUCAGAUCGUCUUCGUCAGGUUAGGGAGCGUCUCGACUGUUUCACCGAGUUAGAGGUUAAGUGGGAGCCAUUUGGACCUGGGCAACAAGGAAUAGUUCCUAGAACUAUCUAUAGUGGGUGGAUAAUGUAUAGGAACAUACAGGAGCCAUACAUGCCGGACAGAUGUAUACGUCAGAUUGGCUACGUACAGAGCAUUCCUCGUUCGCCCAUGUCCCCUGAUGAUGCAUUCCGAGGACCCAGGACUACACAGUACUUUGUACAGCAUUCUUCUGUUGACACACUCAAUACUUGGAGGAGAUUCCCAGAGUCAGCGUGUCUUAAUUUGACCAGAUGGCGAUACAAUUAUAGCGGUGACAUCGUAGGAGAGUGUGAGGAUGGGUACCUUGAAUGGUACAGCAGCAUUCACAUCCAUUUUUGUUGCCGACAACCGACCCAUCUGCAGUCUCUACACCAGCUAAGAGCGAUCGGGAUUAUGUAA